AGCAGCACCCUGCCACCGUCCCCAGGCCAGCGGAUGUCCGGGGCCGAGGCCUCGCUUCCCUGCCAGGAUGCUCACCGGCAGCUGACUCUGGCCUCGCCUCCCAUCCCUCUGUGACUGGGUUAUUUUUCGAAGCGCCCCAAGGGCGCCGGUUGUUGCUGCCGAUAAGCAGCGAGGGGCAGCUCCGCCCCAGCAGGAACAGCUCCCUGCAGGUUUCCCAUCUGCCCCAGAAAACACUGUUUCAUCUUGGUGAGCAGCCUCCCUGCAAACCUGCUGCGAGCUCUGUGGUAGGCACCAGGAUGCUAUACUCGUGCAGGCUGGUGUUCUACAUGCUGCUGGGUCUGGGGUUCCUGCUGAUGAAGGGGCUGCCCCUCCGCUGCCCCUCAAGCUGCCAGUGCUAUGACACCUCCAAAGUCUUCUGCUCAGAGGAGAGGAUGCGGGAGAUCCCAGCGGGCCUGCCAGGGAACGCCACCCAGCUCUUCUUUGUGGAGACGGCCCUGAGAAGUGUCCGCAGUGGGGCUCUGGGCUCCAGCACCACCCUUACCAAGUUGGUCUUCCUCAACAACCACAUCCAGGACCUGGAGGACGGUGCCUUUCAGGGGCUGCCCGGUCUCACCGAGCUGGAGGUGUCAGGCAACCCCUUGCCGGCAGUCAGCCCCAGGGUGCUGGCGGCUCUGCCCAGCCUCAGCAAGCUGUCCCUGGGUGCCAAUGCCCUCCGCUCCCUGCAGCCAGGGCUCUUCGCCGCUGCCUGCUGCCUGCAGGACCUGCGCUUGCCGGGGAACAGGAUCGAGGCACUGCCCCCCGGCAUCUUCCGCCCGCUCCGGCACCUCCAGACCCUGGACCUCUCGCAGAACGUCCUGACCGAGCUGCCGGCAGGGCUGCUGGCGCCCCUCGCCGCCCUCCGCCUCCUCAAGCUCAGUGACAAUCUGCUGGCGCGGCUGCCCCACGGCGCUUUUGGGGCGCUGGGCCGGCUGGCCGAGCUCCACCUGGAUGGGAACCGGCUGGAGGAGCUGCCGGCCAGAGCCUUUGCGGGGCUGGGGGCGCUGCGGCGGCUGCAGCUACAGCACAACGCUCUGGGCAGCCUGCCCCCUGACAUCUUCGCUGGUCUCCAUAACCUCACCGUCCUCAGCUUGGAGGGCAACCGCCUGGCCACCCUGCCUGCCACCCUCUUCACCGGCACCCCUCGCCUCCUCCACCUUUCCCUGGCUCGCAAUGAGCUGGAGAUGCUGCCCCAGGGACUCUUUGCCAACCUGUCUGUGCUGCAGACCCUGGUGUUGUCAUAUAACUCCAUGGACCACCUUCCCGCCGGGGUUUUCCAGGGUCUGGUGGAGCUGGCAACGCUGCAUCUGAGCCACAACAACCUCUCCAGCCUGCCGGCUGGGCUGCUGAUCGGGCUGCCCCUCCUCACUGCCCUGGUGCUGGACCACAACCGCCUGGCCCGCCUGCCUCCGGGGCUCUUUGAUGCCAAUAAGGACCUGGUGCGAGUGGGGCUGGGCAGCAAUCCUUGGGCCUGUGACUGCCACCUUGCCUAUCUCCUAAGCUGGCUCCAGGGCUUUGCCGAGCCCCUCACCCAUGCUCAAGCCUCCUGUGCCAGCCCAGCUGCUCUCCAGGGACGGUCCCUGCUGGAGGUCCCCCACAGGCAGCUGCAGUGCCCGGGAGCACCGGGUGUCCCCCCGGAGGAGGGCUGGGACGGGGAGCAUGGUCCGGGGCAGUGCACCUACAGGAACCCCGAGGGCACCGUAAGCAUGGCCUGUGAUGCCACGAGCUGCCAGCAGCUCACCCUUCGCCUCCCUCCUCCUUCUCCUCCUCCCAGGCAGGCAGCGGGGCUGGGGCCGGUGUACCAGGGUGCCUGGGUGCUGCAGUCCCGCUGUGGCACACUGCAGGUCAAUGUGCUGGUCACCACACAGAGCGGGGAUGAGGCCACAUCUCCAGGUCUUCCCACUUCCCGCCACGCACCCUCCUUAGAGCCAUCACUGCCGGCCCUGCCCCGGCAGGGCAGCCGGGGUCCUUGCUUGGAGCUGUGCGUCCCUGACAGCCCUUUCCCCGGAGAGUUCGUGUCGUGUCAGCCCGACCUGCUCCGGCAGCGGGCUGCGAUCUCGGCCGUGCUCUGGAGUUGUGGCCCCUUGCUCCUGGUAGGAAGGAUGAUGUACCAGCAUUUCCUUUUCCUUUUCUUCCUUUCCUUCCAUCUCCAUAAAUGCCAAGAUCAAACCCUAGGUGAAGAUCCAUAUGAAAUGCCCAAAGACUACCAGGAGAUCUACAGAGGGACAAAAAAUGAUGUCAAAGAGAUCCCAAAGAUCGCAAAGCCUUUCGUUUCUGAGAUGAUCUUUGUGCAAACCAGCAUCACUGCUAUAAGGAAAGGCUCCUUCAGGUACAUGCCCAACCUGGUCAAGAUUUUGUUUAUUGGCAACAAGAUCAAGACAAUUGAACCUGGAGCCUUUGAUAAUUUGGACAACCUGAGGGACUUGGACAUCUCUGGUGCCUUGUUAGAAGAACUAGCUGUGGGAACUUUCCAGAACCUCCCAAGCUUGCAGAGGCUGGAGCUGAGAGACAGCCACCUCAGAUACAUCCCCAAAGGACUGUUCGAUGGGCUGGGAAGUUUGGGGGAGCUCUCCCUGCACAUCAAUGCCAUCCCUUCUCUUCCAGAAGGCAUUUUUGAUUCUCUUGUCAACCUAACGUUUUUGGACCUGGCCAGAAACAGGAUCACGACUCUUCAUGGGGAUGCCUUCAGCAAACUUGUGCAGCUGCAAGUCCUCCGUCUCUAUGAGAAUGAGUUGCAGGACCUCCCGGAGGGGCUGCUGGACAGACAGACAGGGCUGCUGGAGCUCAACCUGCAGAGCAACAGGCUCAGGGUGCUGCCACCCAUGCUUCUGAGGAGUCUGCCUCACCUGGAGAAACUCCUCUUGGACAACAACCUCAUCCGGGUUCUCCCACCUCAGGGCUUCUUUGGCUUAAACAAAUUGAAACUGCUGACCCUGGGUUCAAACUGCAUUACAGAACUCCCCUGCUGCCUUUUCGAUGCCAUGGCAGACCUGCGGGAGCUGGACCUGGGCAGGAACAGUUUGGCCACGCUUCCAGACAGCAUCUUCAUCAACCUCACAUCUCUUGGCAAACUCGUCUUGUCCCACAACCAGCUAGCAGCCCUGCCAGGAGGAGCUUUCGCUGGGCUCAGCAAGCUCUCAGACCUCCAGCUGGACACAAAUCAUCUCUCUGCUCUGGAUGAUGAGGUCUUUGCUUCUCUCCCAAAUCUGAAAACCCUCAACCUUCGGAAGAACCAGCUGGAGAGUGUUCCUCCAGGGCUUCUGGACCCCUUGAAGAAGCUCAGCUCAGUGUACCUAAGUGGGAACCCAUGGAGAUGUGAUUGCAACCUCUGCUACCUGCACAGCUGGAUCCUAAACAACAGUGAGAAGGUCAAAUUGUCCACCCAAGUGUCAUGCAAGAGUCCACCCCACCUGGCAGGGCAAGCAGUGACAUCGCUGAGGGAUGACCACUUAAUUUGCCCAGCUACUCAGCCUAUUUCGUCUUCUUUUACCCCAUCUUUGCCAUCCACCUCCACAUCAUCGCAAGAGAUGUCACCCUUGCUGCCCACUGCAGCACCAGCCAUGCUUUCCUUGGCAGUCUCUCCUGUCAUGACAGUGCCAACCACGCUGUCACCUGUCGCCACCUCUGCCAUGUUGCCAUCCAUGCUAACGGAUGGAAGGCAACACUUCACCAGUUCAUCUCCAGCUACGCCAUCCAAGGCCUUCAUCACCACAUCCUCACCAGCUGUGCUGCCCAAGGCCUCCUUCACCACACUAUCAACUGUGCUGCCUGAGACCUCCAUCAGCACACCAUCACCAGCUGUGCUGCCAAAGGUCUCCAUUGCCACCCUGCCAUCGACCAUGCUGCACAAGACUUCUAUCACCAUGCCAUCACCAGCUGUGCCAGAUGAGGCCGUCAGCCUGUGUCCAACUCCAGCCAUCAUAAGCCUACAGCCUCCUGGGACCACCAGCUCAGAGCCUGCAUUGUCCACUCUAGCUUAUGUGACCACACCAGCACCAACCAGCCCACUGGCAGCCACCACCAGGCACGUGCCUCCUGUUCUGGUGUCCACAGAGAGGCCAGCCACCAUCCCAUGGAUGACACCCAACAUCUCCCUCAUCUCGAUGCUCCCUAUGGCAUUCUCGCCAUCACCCAGGGCUGCUGCACAAGGCACGGUCCCGGCAGCGUCAUUCACUCUGACCCAUCAUGUUCCUGUACCAGACAGGGAUCAGGGCCAUGCCACUGUGAAGGGCUUGUCCACUGCUGGCACCCAGCCCGCUCCCACUGCCCCUCAGAACGCUCUCACGACUGCAGACACCAUCCCGAGCCCAGUGCCUUCCGUCCCCCCGGUACCAGACCACACGAGCCCCUGGCCACCCUCCUGGGUCCCCAGCAGCCAUCAUGCCUGGGCCUUGUCCGUGCUGUCCAGCCCACAGCAGUGCCGGGUGUCCCUGGCGCUGAGCCUGGCGGCACUGGUGCUGCAGGCAGGCUGCACACUGCUCUGGGGGAUCCUCGCCUUUCUCCUCCAACAGGCCACCAGUCGCCGGGGCCGCUCAGUGCCACCGGUGAGGCUGCUGAGACUGCAAGCCCUGGCCACCCCAGGAUCCCCCGAGCAAGCCUGGGCACCGCUUUGAGCUUCGCUGCCCUGCAUGACCUGGGCAAUGCCCGUCGUCCUCCUUUGCCGUCUGGAGCCACUGGGUGCGUAUGUCGUAGGAUGCGGACUGUCACCAGGGUGAGUGUCCCAGCACCCAGGCUGUUUUGGGAUGCGUCCCUGGAGAUGCUGUGCGCCGUCUGCCUCACGGGUCCUUCUGCCAAGCGACACUAGAUGGCAUCACGACACAGGCAGUAUCUGCCACAGCCUGCCUAGGCCCACCGGGAACAGAGCGGGCAGGGUGACCUGUGGCCCUGGAGGUACCGCACCAAAAUGCUGGAGAGCCCGGACCCGGCCAGCUGGAGACGUCACUAGACCUCCUCGCAGAAGCCUUGGGGCUCCUGCCUGCAUCUCCUCCCCAUCCCUGGCAGGUACCUGCAGGGUGCAAGUGGUCCUUGGGGAAGGAUAUCCCAAGGUUUCCUGCCCUACACCUUGGUUUCUUCCCCACAUCACGGAUGUGGCAGUGCCUGUAUAUCCAUCACAACCCUCUGACCUCUUCCUCUGUCUUCUCUCUUUCCUCCUCACUGAUAUUAAAAGCCUCCCCUGCACCUCUGCUGUGCACUGAAGAGCUACCAAGAAGAGUAUUUUCAUCUUAGGGCUUUUCUUGCCAUGACCUACCAUGGAACAUUCCUGUUGCUUGAUGGAGUGUGGGGUCCCCAGUCAGUGCUGGCUGUCAGGGACUUGUGUAGGACCAGGUUUGCACACCCUGCUGCAGACAGUGGCAUAAUGAUACAGUAGACUUGCUGUUCUUUCCCCUCUCAAAUCUUAUACCCCUGAGAUCUGUUUGUAAUGCUGCCUGCCCUGGCCUCUCUGGGAGAGUAAUGUUUGUACGUGGCUGGCUACAUGGUUCUUGUACCAUAACUUCACCUGAUGCUGAGCCCCAACUGCAGGCGUGGCACCAACUGGCACAGGAAGCUUGGGAUGAACGGGCUAAUGCCCUUCAUAACCGAAGGGCUAAUGUGUGCCUUUACCUCCACAGUCCUGGGCUGCCGCCAGGGCCAGGAAGGUGCCAAACUUCUACAACAGUGUCUGUUUCUUUGGGUUUUCUGCCACCACAGAAAGUGCUGAAACUGUCACAGGAAAGUUUUAGAGCAGGAGAUCUUUUGAGCCGAUGAACACAGGGGUUGUUCCUUAGUUUGGGUCUCUGCAUACGUUAUUUUGCUCUAGGCUCACUGUUGACUUUUCACCAUGCCAGGCAAGCUGCUCCCAAAUUUAAUCAGCCCGCUCACUACAGGGGUGCAGGUGUCUAUGUAUCUCCAACUCUUCGCCUUUGGUGCUGGCGCCUGCUCCUUCCUGCCCUGCCUUUGGUGUGGGACACAGGGGCUGCCUGGCUUUAGGGGGUCUGAGGGAGCAGAACCUCUGAAAAUCAAUAGCCUGGACAUGUGCUAGGCAAAGAGGAAGUGGCUCAGAAACCUCCUGGUGUGUAAGUUCCAAGUGCCCCAGCUCUCUGCCUGGUGCAAGACCAAGGGCGGGGGAAAGGUGCUUUUCGUUAGGGUAUGUGCCUGCAGCUACGCGUUAAGGAGCUGGAUAUAUGUCUUUGCUAAGAGCCUGUGCAGUGUUACAGGCCCUUCGGCUGCUCCUUGAAGUCCUGCUGACGGCUGUGAAAUACGGGAGGCGAGCGCGGGGCAGCACAUCUGGGCGGGAUGGAGCGGGGCCGGGCUGGCACGGCGGGUAAUGAGAGGCAGAUGGGGGGAGGCAGUGUUUUCCUGGUAGUCCAGAUGGGCUCGGCUUUAUACUUGAUUUAGAAGGUUUGAAAGUGGGGCCUGGCUGCUGGGGAACAGAUCCCGAGCACUUCCCGGGGCAAUGAGGGGGGGUCUCUGCUGGCUUUUCAGAUAUUUAAUGGCCCAGCGCAGUCUAAACAGGGAAGUACUUCGGGGUGAGAUUAGCACAACAUAAUCACAUCUUAAAAGGUCUUCAGAGACACAAAGCACAUCCGCUCUCAUAUUAAUUACUUGUUAUUAAUAAAGCUGGGGUCAGGCUAGAGGUGUUCCCUCCUGAGCGUGCUGGUUCCCCCUUUGCAGAGCGCUGCUCUGUCUGAAAGCAGCACAAAGCCCCUCCAGCCUUCACCUGUGCCCACCCAGCUCCAGAAGCCAAAUGGCCAAAAUUCCUACAGCCACUUUUAAAACUAACUUGCCCCAUAAUACCCCCAUAGCGCCGUGCCUUUCUAAGUGUCCAGAACACUGCCGAGUGCUGUAAAACAGUAAUAGCCAGAGUGUUCUCAGCACGGGAAUUUCCUGCUAUGAUUGAUUCCUAAUUUGCAAUGAAAAUAUAGCCGCCCAUGUUCCCAGGGCCAGGCUGGGCUCGCAGGCAGGAGUCGUCUCCCUCCAUUGCUGUGGGGCUGAUCCCUGGAGGGCCACAGCUGUGCUGGGAGGAAUUAGCAGCUCUUCCCAUUAGCUCGCCGUGGGAGGGAAAGGCUGAGAAGCAUGCGGGAUGCCGGGUGUCCUGGGAGUGAUGUCCCUGGGCAGCCUCAGGGAAAACAUGCUUGGAUUUCCUCAUCGCUGAGCAAGAGCAGCCAGAAAGCACGCAGGGAUGGGGCAGAGCAUGGGGGAUCUGCACCGGGGAGACCAGGGCACAGGUUUGCUGCUUCGGAGCUGCAGCUUCUGCAAUGCCAAGGGGAGGAGCCUUCCUCACAGAGGAGCGGGACAUGGCCAGGAGAAGUGGCCAGGAGUGCACAGCCCAGCACACCCUCCCUGCUAUGCUGCAGGCAGCCUGGGCAUCCCUGCAGGACGGCCACUGCACUCAGCAGCACUCGAUGGCUUUAAAUCUGGAUUUAUCUGGUUUCUCUGAACUCAGGUAAGAUUUCAACAUCCGCAGCACCCUGUGGCAAGGAGUACCCGGGAUUGCCCAUGCACUAAAUAAGGCAGCACAUCACUUUGCUCUCCCUCUGCUUGCUGCUCCUUGAACAGGAUGCUACUGGUUGUUGCACUGGAAAACAAAAGAUGAGCAUCCUGUGGGGUGUCUCCAGGCUGCUUGAGAUGCUAAACCUCUUUCCAGUUGCAGUGACUGCCUGUGGUCCUCAUAGUUAGCUUCAGGUGACAGCCAGUUAGAAGCAGGGACAAGACAUCAUGUGUGUGUUGUCCUUGUGUGGUGCUGGGACUGGGGGUCUCCAGCAUGGCAUGGCUGCCACUGGCUCUCUUCCUGCUCUGUGCAGAGGAGAUGUGGUUCCCACAGCCCUGUCACUCGUGCUGCAGUACUGAUUGGUAACCCCACAGGCCGUCAGCCCUACUGGGAGCCCCUGUCCCUGCCACCUGCCUCCGGUUCCCCUUCCUGCCUCUGGGAGCCCCAUGGGCAGGAAGGGGGCUCAUGAGCUACACCACUUUCUUGUGGCUGAUGGGAAGGGGGGAAUGAACACCUGCAUGUGGGGAUCUGCACAGUAACCCAUGCAGUGAGCAAACCUGGGCCUCUGAUGGGCAGGUCCCACUGCCGGCU